UGACUACCUGAGCUUCUUCUCUCAGGAGAAUCAAGGAAGUUACAUCUUUAUUCUUUGCAAAUAACGGUAUAUAAAAAUUUCCAAUCUUGUUGCCAAAAAAAAAUUCAAUUCUCUUUUGAAGAAACACACACAAAAAAAAGAAAAAAAAAAAAAACAGUGAGAAGUCAGACAAAACGUCAUCGGGCAGCCUGUAAACGUCCAUAAUCUAUUACCAAACAGCGAAACCCUCUCUCUCCUCCUUGCUCUCGCCCUAAUCAUUCUUCCCACUAACUACUCUGUCAAUUUUUGUCUUCUCAAGAACCCUAAUUUUUCUUUGCAAUAUUCCACUUCUCUGCAAUUUCUUCCCCAAUUUUUUGUUUCUUUCUUUACUGCGCAAGUGACAGUUAGGGUUCCAAUUAUAGAAUUUCUUCGGAUCACAAACCUCCUCACUCGAUUUAAUACACACUCUUUCUCUCUCUCUCCUCUGUUUGCUUCUCUUCUGCGUCAGCAUUUGUGAUUUGGGGGAAAUUAUGAGUUUAAGCUAGGGUUAAGCAUUGUUUCGAUUUCUAUUUGGAGAAGUAUUUCUCCGGUUAACUUUUGAACUCCGGCGAAAAUGGCGACUGAUUUACCGAUGAAUCCUCAGAUGGAGCAGAUCCAUGGGGAAAUUCGUGACAAUUUCCGAGCUCUUGCCAAUGGUUUCCAGAAGCUGGACAAGAUCAAAGACUCCAGUAGACAGAGCAAGCAGCUGGAAGAACUAACAGGGAAGAUGAGAGAAUGUAAAAGAUUAAUCAAGGAGUUUGAUCGGGAAAUUAAAGACGAGGAGGCGAGAAAUCCACCUGAAGUCAGUAAGCAACUCAAUGAUGAGAAGCAAGCCAUGAUCAAAGAGCUAAAUUCAUAUGUUGGCUUGAGGAAGACGUAUAUGAGUAGCCUUGGUAAUAAGAAGGUUGAAUUGUUUGACAUGGGAGCAGGAACCAGUGAGCCGACAGCUGAAGAAAACAUUCAGAUGGCUUCAUCAAUGACAAAUCAAGAGCUUAUUGAUGCGGGGAACAGGACAAUGGAUGAGACUGAUCAAGCCAUUGAGCGUUCUAAACAGGUAGUUGCACAAACUAUUGAGGUCGGAACUGAAACUGGAGCUAAGUUAAAGGGGCAAACUGAUCAAAUGGGUCGUAUUGUUAAUGAGCUAGAUACUAUUCAAUUUUCACUCAAGAAGGCAUCCCAACUGGUGAAAGAAAUUGGUCGGCAGGUUGCCACUGACAAGUGUAUCAUGCUUUUUCUCUUUCUCAUUGUCUGUGGUGUCAUAGCGAUUAUAGUUGUGAAGAUUGUGAAUCCAAAAAAUAAGGACAUUAGGGACAUUCCAGGAUUAGCGCCUCCAGCCCCGGCGGCAAGAAGAUUGUUAUAUGUGAGGAAUGCCCAACAUUUUGGAUAGCUUUGCUGGAAUUCAACUCUUCUGACACUCAGUUUGGGUUCUUGGUUUACCCCUAUAGUUUGUGCAUAUCGAGUGUGUCGUUUGUAAAUCAUGUUGAGGAAGUUCAUGUUUAUCCUUGUGGCUGUUGCAUUCUUUUCCCAAAAAUGAUGGCUUUUCGAGAUCGUUGUAUCAACAUUCAGAUCAUUCUGCUGUCAAUUUUUUAUCCUCUCUGUAUUAACAAGAGUCUCAACAAGGGUAUGGAGUUAAUUUUGUGUUUAUUCUUUCA